AUGGAAUCCAAUCUACAAGGGACCUUCUUGCUGAACAACACGCCGCUGGCCCAGUUCUCUGAGAUGAAGGCACCUAUGUGCCAGUACUCAGUGCAGAAUUCUUUCUACAAGCUCAGCCCCCCCGGGCUGGGCACCCAGCUGGCUGCCGGGACCCCCCAUGGGAUUACAGAUAUCCUCAGCAGGCCAGUGGCAACUCCAAACAGCAGCCUUCUUUCAGGCUAUCCCCAUGUGGCUGGCUUUGGUGGACUCGGUUCCCAGGGUGUCUACUACGGUCCCCAAGUGGGGAAUUUUUCCAAGGCCGGGAAUGAGUAUCCAGCUAGGAGCAGGAACUGCUGGGCAGACCCUGGGCAGGAUUGGAGAGGACGACAGUGCAGUAAUACCCCAGACCCCUUGAGUGACAGCAUCCACAAAAAAAAGCAUACCAGGCCCACUUUCACGGGACAUCAGAUCUUUGCCCUGGAGAAAACCUUUGAGCAGACCAAGUACUUGGCAGGGCCUGAGAGAGCACGCCUGGCUUACUCCCUGGGGAUGACAGAGUCCCAAGUGAAGGUAUGGUUCCAGAACCGAAGGACCAAAUGGCGGAAGAAGAGUGCCCUGGAGCCCUCAUCUUCCACCACGAGGUCCACGGGAGGAGGCGGCGGAGGUGGUGACCGCACAGCUUCAGAAAACGAGGAUGAUGAGUACAACAAGCCCUUAGAUCCGGACUCAGACGAUGAGAAGAUCCGGCUGCUGCUGCGCAAGCACCGGGCGGCCUUCUCCGUCCUCAGCCUCGGGGCUCACAAUGUCUGAAGCUGCUAUCUCAACGUCCCCAGCCAGUGCCCAUCAUCCCCAUGAUUCUGUGUCAUCAGAUCUCCCCUUCCCCCGCAAAGAAAAACCAAACCCUGUUCCCCUUCCAUUUAAACCACUCGUGUUCAGCACACGUGCGUGCCAAAGAACCCCCAUGAA